AUGGCGGAAAACGAUAAAUCACUACCUGUUCUCAUCAUCGGAUCUGGCUCCAGCGGCCUAACCCUAGCUCAUGGCCUCCACCUAAAAGGCAUCCCGUACAAGAUCUUCGAGAAAGACGCCUCGAUCGCGCCGCGCCACGGGCGCGACUGGGGCAUAAACGGGCACUGGUCGAUGCCGAUGCUGGCGGCGCAGAUGGGGGCCGAGAAGUACAGCCGGAUCAACAGCGUGCUCGUGGACCCGUACCUGCCGCUUAAGGAGGUCGAGAGCGGGCCGAUCCUGAACGGCGCGACGGGCGAGCGCAUCGGCGAGGUCGUGAUCCCCGACAUGCACCGCCUGCUGCGGUCGCGGCUGCGCGCGCUGCUGGUCGAGGGCGUGCUCGACGUGCAGUUCAACAAGACGCUCGCGCGCGUCGCGUACGCGGAGGAUGGCCGCAGCGCUACGGCGUACUUUGCCGACGGCACGCAGGAGAUGGGGAGGCUAAUCGUCGGGGCGGACGGCAGCCAUAGCACGGUGCGCAGCCUGCUGGUCGGGGAGGAGCGCACGCAGCUCAAGCGGCUGCCGCUCGUGGCGACGUUCGUGACGAUGUCGUUCCCGCGGGAGGAGGCGCUGCGGCUGCGCAACAGCGGACACCCGAUCGUCAACGUCAUCCUGCACCCCGACGACAAGGCGGGGUUGUUCGCGAUACUAGACGCCAAGGACAAGGACGCGCCGGAGCGGUGGCAGUUCAUGUUCUACGUCUCGUGGCCGUACAGCGUCGAGGAGCAGGACAAGGAGGCUGGGAUGGACAUCGCCGGCCGCAUACGCCAGAUCAAGGAGAAGGGCGCCGGGUUUGUAGAUCCGCUGCGCAGCUGCCUCGACGCGCUCCCCGACGACCACACCGCGGCCUACCAUGUCCAGAACGGGAAUUGGGACCCUAGCUUGCCUGAGCACGCGUGGGAUAACCAUGGUGGCCUGGUUACGUUGAUAGGUGACGCGGCACACCCCAUGACAUAUCAUCGUGGACAAGGACUAAACCAUGCAAUUACCGAUGCUUUCAAGAUCACCGAAUUGCUGAGUAGCCCAGAAGGUCGGUCGCAAGCUGAACUAAUCAAUGAGUACGAGAGUGAUAUGAGGGUGAGAGGCGGAGAAGAGGUCCGGCUGAGCGAGAUGAACUCCCUCAUGCUACACGAUUGGGUCAAGGUUCAGGAAAGCCCGCUUUUGAAAAGAGGAUUAAAGCGAGUUUAG